AGAAGUAUAAUAGAGAAGCGGAUUGUACUCCGAGAUUUAAAUGGAUGUUCCAGGAAAUAGGAAAUUUGCUAGGACCAUUUAAUAUAACAGACUUCAUACCUUGGCUUGGGUGGGUGAAUUUUGUAAAUGGGUUGGAGAAGAGGAAGGGAAUUUUUUUGUAGAGAUAGAUGUUUUCUUGAUAUUGUGAUUCAACAACACAGAAUUGGAAAUAAGAAAAAAGACUAUCACAAUAAUGAUGCAGUCAUAGACUUAGUAGACAUCCUCCUUCAGAUUGAAAAAGACAGGAGCUUUGGAAUUUCUCUUUGGAACGAUAACAUCAAAGCCAUUCUAUUGGAUAUGUUUGGUGCCGGAACUGAUCCCACAAGUAUACUUCUCGAGUGGACGAUGGCAAAAAUUUUAAAGCAUCCAGAAGUAAUGAAAGAAGUUCAAGAGGAAAUAUGGGGGGUCACAAGGGGCAAAGAGAAUAUUGCAUAUGUUGAUAUAAAACAAAUGCAUUAUUUGAAUGCAAUGAUUAAGAAGACACUAAGACUGCAUCUUCCACUCCCCUUAUUGAUUCCGCGUAAAUUGACAAUCUGUUAAAUAUAAAAUUCAGAUUCAAUCUUAUAUCUUUCGAUGUAUUUUCAUAUUCCUUUGUAUUCUCAGCCAUUGAUUUCUUAGAGAAGUUUCAAUUCUUCACUGGUUCA